GGCACCUAAUGGAAACACCUGCGUAUCUGAACUGAGGAGCGCUUCGAUGGCCUUGAAAGCGGGUCAUUUUCAGGGGUGACCGAAGGACGGAGGUGAGGGCAGAAAAAGGGGGCUCCGCCAGCCCACGCAGGUGGAUGAGCCUUGAGAAACGAGCCUGAGUGGAGAGGGGUGGGGGGGGUUCACGCAUUUCUUUUUCCCCCCCGCACGGAGAGGGGGAUCCGGGGCUGGAAAACCUGGAUCAGGCUGAAGGACGUGUACCAGCUCUCGCAGGAAACCAGCCGAGCUCGGUGGGGGGGGGGUGGGACGCGAGAAGGAGCCGGCUUUCCGUGAGAGUCGUCGCCGAGACGGGCGAGUGAGGGAUGCUCUUUCACCGGGGAGACGCCAACGGAAAAUCUUGUUUCACAGCCCCCCUACCGGCAGGCGCCUUUCGGGGGAGGACAGACGCGGCGCGGCGCUGCGCUGCCCCGGCGGUCGCGUUUCGGGGAGCCGCUGAGGAUCUGGUUGUGAAAGCCGAAUGAAACGACGAGGCGAAUCAGUUCAAAACGCGAGAAAUAACUUGGGCUAACGCGGAGCGCCGAGCUCCGCUGGAGGGGAGGGGAGGGGAGAUUCGCCGUCCCGUCGGGUUACAGCGGUGCCUAGCAACUGCGAGGAACAGUUUUACAACAUCCAUCAAAUAUUUAUACCCAACCCGACAGACACGCACACACCGGCGGUGUUUCACGCUCUCUGUUCACCCCUAUUUUUUUUCUCUUGAUUUUUUUUUUUUCCCCUGCUGCAGUUGUGAAGGUUUGGCCGAGUGAAAACGCCGAGGGGAAACGAGGGCCCGAGGAGGAGUAUGAAACGAGCCGGGGGAAGAAAAGAGCCUUUUUUUGGGAAGGAGGCGAACGCGGGGCCUGGACGGAAUUAACUUCACCUCGUCGGAAAACGCUUCUUCUUUUUUUUUUCUUUCUUUCUCCCCCAAGAGCGGCCCGCAGACCAUUUCAAAGCGGAGAUACAACCGACAUAUUUCCAGCCCGGAAUUUUUUGGGGAGCAGGCAGAAACCUAACAGGUCCUACCGAGGAAAGACCCACAGCGCUUCGUGCUGGGGGGAAAAAAUGAGUUGUUUCAGAGGAAAGUGGGUGAAUGAAACCUAGCAAUAAAUAUCCCCCGUCUGCCAAGAAUGGCCGUGCUUGUGAAGGUUGCAGUUCAGGCAGCGGAGUGGACAUAGGGACAGUGGCUGCAAGAGCUCAGCCCUGCAGGUGUUGGUGUUGGUACUAAUGCCUUACUAACACGCCGGUCCGUGGAUUUAAAAGUGUUUACUUACUGUAUCUCUGAGAUGCCUUUGGAUCUGCUGAAGGGUGUGCUUGUGUUGAACAAUAAGCCGCUGGCUUGCUUUUGGUCGUCCGCAAGGGAAACCUUUGCGAAUUCUUUCCGGAUUCUUGUUUUUGUUUUUUUCUGCCUUUGUUUCAGUUCUUAGGGCUGCUUGUCUUGCCUUUAGGAUUUUCAGGUAGUGUUUAAAAAGCGCUUCAAUGGAGCAAGUGCUGCUGUCUAGCCCGGCUGGGCGUUCCGACUGGGAGCUGGAGCAGAAACAGUCGCUGGGAUUUCUCUUACUGGAGCCGGACAAGGGAGUUAGUUUGUCCAAGGGGAGCAAAGAGAGUCCGGAGCCGGGGUUGGAUUACAGAGCAGGGGAGGAGAAACUGGUGUCCCUGAAUCUGGAUGAGAUCCUUCAGGAGAAUGCCUUAAAUCUAGAUGACCUUCUUAGGAGCUCAGGGUAUCCUAGUGUGGACCAGAUCUUGUCCUGGGAGAAAGGCCGUGACUGCACUGUACUGCAGUGGGAAAAAAAUCCCAGGCAGGGCACGGAUUUUAACCACAACCGGGCAGUGGAGCUGGUCAGCUUCCAGGGCAGCCCCGCCACGGAUCACACUGGUUUCAGUGGCAGUCCUGCUUUAGCGGUGAGGGGAAUCCGCGCUUUGAACUCCGAGCCGGAUUUCUCUCCAGAGUCCAGCCCCUUUCAGCCCCGCCGGCUAGAUCUGGUGGAUGGCGGCAGGGAGCCGCCUCCGCUGUCGCAAGACGACGACGGCUCUGAAUCCUCGUCACCGGAGGACACGCUGUUACCUGAAACCGAGGGCAGAAGUUCCUUCCACGAGCCGGAGAUGGAUCUGCCCGCAUUGAGUCACGAGCUGCCGGAGGGCUUACCUGAGGGCUGCGAGAGCCCCCCCUCGCAGUCAGGGUGCAGUGGAUCACAGGAAAGUGCAGGCCUUUCAGGCCCUGAUCACGAGAGCUGCCCCAGCCCUGUGGAUCAUGUUCUGCGGAGCGAAACUGUGAGCCCGAGUCUGCCUGCUGGGACCCCAGAGCAGGAUGCCUCAGCGGAGACUUUAACUGCCUCUUCCUCCCGGGAAGACCCGGGGAACAGGGUGUUUCCACAGCCUGCACUACCCUCUCAGUCUUCAGAACCAGCUGGUCGCCCACCGUCGCCUGUAUCUGGAGCUGUGUCGGACUCCGACGGCCCGGAUAAUGACCCGGCCUCGGAUUGGAAGUCAUCAAGGGAUUUAGUGCCCGGCCAGCUGGGCUCGGGUCAGGGUUCAGGAUCUUGUGGUCAAGAGCACAAAGAUGUGGUUUCGGAACCAUGUUUACCUGCCGUUGCAAUGCAGGAGAAAGACAUUUUGGAACCACAGCUCACCGAGGGAGUAUUGUGCGGAUCUCCAGUUUUGGCUCAGGGUGGGAAGAGUACAGAGUCGGAGGCGGACCUGGGUGCUCCCAAGGAUAUAAUUGACCUCGAACAGAACGGUCUUCACGUUCCCGCCGAGGAAUCCCUUGUGUCCGGCCCCCUCUUGUUGCGGACUAGCAGUCAGCCCGCGGAAGAGUUUUCGGUAUUGGACGUGGAGCUCUCUCCCUCCCUGCCUGCAGGGGGCAGCGUUUCUUACCGGGAGGACAGCCCGCGGGCGGAGGACGUGUCCCCUCUGAGAGCGGUGUUUGACGCUCUGGACCAGGAUCGGGAUGGCUUUGUGCGGAUGGAGGAGUUUGUGCAGUUCGCCACAGUCUAUGGUGCUGAGCAGGUCAAAGACCUCACCCGGUUCCUGGACCCCAGUGGCCUGGGAGUGAUCAGCUUUGAGGAUUUCUACCGCGGCAUCACAGCUAUCAGCAAUGGAGGCUCGGAAGCGCAGCUGUACGAGGUGGGCUUCAAUGCUGGGGAUGAGGCCGGGGGCUGUCCGGAGGAGUAUGAUGACUACGCUGCCUUUGAGACAGGCAUGGCCCUGGGCAUAGUGGCCAGCCCCCCGGGCAUGGCAUCUGCAGAGGCACCAGCCUGGCAGCAGAACGAGGUGACAGACAGCGCCUACCUGGGCUCCGAGAGCACCUACAGCGAGUGCGAGACCUUCACAGACGAGGACACGGGCACGCUAGUGCACCACGAGAUGCACGAGGAGGUGGAGACGGACAGCGCCAUUGACUCCACGCUACACGACUCUGAGGAGGCGGGGAGCAGGUCAAUGUCGUCUUGCCUCCUCCAGGACCUGCCGCCGCCGAAGGAAGUCCAAGCUCUGAGCUCUGUGCUUGGGUGUCGAAGUGAACAGGCUUUCAAAACCUCAACUGUAGCGAGAAGUCUGUUUGCUCUCUGGAGCAGGACACAACGUGCACAGAGGGCUCUGGGAAUCACCCUGAUCUUUCAAAUCUGGGGGAGGGGUUCCCCCCUGCGUGGUCUUUCUAUGCGUCUUGGAGUGGAGCUCUUUCCCCUGGGAAGAGGAUGCGGCCCCUUGUCUUCCUCAGCAUUUCCUGCCUUCGAGCUGAGUGCCGUUGUCCAGCUGGGGAGCGGGCUGUCGCUGGGCUCCGAGCUCAACAACCACUCCCUUGUGACGGUGAUCAGUGGCCAGGAAGAGCAUUUUGAGGAUUUUGGGGAGGGUCACGACUCAGAGCUGCUUCUGGACAGUCCUGACGUCACGGAGGGGGACACCACUCCUGACACGCAGGUUCACAACUCCACACUGCUGCUUCCCGACAGCGCUGAUCCUUUCCCUGCAAGCUUUCAGAGCUUUCUCAGGGAGGAGGUGCUUGACUUUUUCUGUAGCCAAUGUCACAAACAAAUUAGUCGCCUUGAGGACCUGUCAACCCGCCUGAAUUACCUUGAAAUGAAUAGAGCUGCAGUGGUCAGAGCAGAGGCUGGCAGGCAGGGGUGGAGGAGAAGCUGCCAUCAUCUGCGCCCACGGUCUCCUUCACCCCUCUCUUCUCACAGGCACCUCCACCAGAGCAGCAUUCUCACUCUGGACAGCAUGGAAGACCUGUCCCGAGACAUUCUGGAUCUGGCCGACACGGACAUCACGGACAAGGUGAUGUUCCUGGAGAAGCGCGUGUCGGAGCUGGAGAAGGACUCCACUGCUAAUGGAGAGCAGCAUGCACGCCUCAGACAGGAGAACCUGCAGCUGGUCCACAGGGCCAACGCUCUGGAAGAGCAGCUCAAGGAGCAGGAGACGCGCGCAGAGGAAGCCAUGCUGCUGGAAGUGCGCCGACAGAAGGAGGCGCUGAGCCGGCUGGAGAGGGAGCGUGGCAUGGAGCUGGAAAAUCUGCAGAGCAGGCUGCAGCAGCUGGACGAAGAGAACAGCGAGCUGCGCUCCUGCGUGCCCUGUCUGCGCGCCAACAUCGAGAGGCUAGACGAGGAGAAGCGAAAGCUGCAGGACGAGGUGGAGGACGUGACGGAGAGGCUGAACGAGGAGCUGGAGGCACGCAGGAAGCUGUCGGACAAGCUGGCCCACGAGCGGCACAAGAACCAGAAGGAGAAGGAGUCCACACAGGAGCUGAUCGAGGACCUGCGGAAGCAGCUGGAGCUCCUGCAGCUGUACAAGCUGGAGGCCGAGGCGAAGAGGGGCCGCUCUUCCAGCGCCGGGCUGCAGGAAUAUAACAGCCGGACCCGGGAGGCCGAGCUGGAGCAGGAGAUACGACGCCUCAAACAGGACAACCGCAAUCUGAAGGAGCAGAAUGAUGAGCUCAAUGGGCAAAUAAUCAACCUCAGCAUCCAAGGAGCCAAGAAUCUUUUCGCAGCCUCUUUCUCCGAGUCCCUUGCAGCAGAGAUCAAUUCAGUGUCCCGCGAUGAGCUCAUGGAAGCCAUCCACAAGCAGGAGGAGAUCAACUACCGGCUGCAGGACUACAUCGACCGCAUCAUUGUAGCCAUCAUGGAGUCCAACCCCUCCAUCCUGGAGGUGAAGUAACGCCCUCUCCAUCCUCGAGCUCACUCCACCUAACCUCACCUCACCCCACUGCUGUCGCCACAUGGCUGGCCGCACCAUAGGCACAACGAAUGGACUUGGAGGAGAAAAGCGCUCAGAAGAUUAAAGAAAAGGUUAUAUUGUCUUGGAGAUCACUGAGUGGAUUUGUACGUGACUAAGGCAGAGUGCCCUGGAGCUCUGCGGCUGUGCCCCAGGCAUCUCCGUGCUGAGUGGUUCCUGUGACUCCCCUUGGAAGAGGGAUGGAGGGGCCUAGUUUCCCAAAGAAGCCUGUGUUUCUGUGUGUCUGUGUGUGCGUGUGCUCUUCUCACUGUGGCCCUUGGGGUUUCUGGAAUGUUCGCGGGCCACAAUCCUUGUUUCUGGCUACGUUGGAGAGCAGGGCAUCCCUUUUACUCCAGGGGUUCCUGCUGAAAUCGGGGACAGGCGUCACUUGGCAGUUAAAGUUGACCUGCUCUGUGAUCUACUUCUCUCAUCACAGUUCUUUUGUGAAAUUCCAAUAUUUUAGAGGAUCAAUCUGUUGGCAAGGUGCAGUUCCUCCUCAUUCCAGGCUUUAAUGUCUUGUGCUAAGAGAACGUGCUGAUGGAGCUGGGGUUCAUCGCUUUCGGACAACUUGUUUGUUCACUAAUAUAAAUUGGACCCUAAUUGUAGAGAGUCUUGAGCAGCCCUUCACAGUAUGCACAGUAAAAACUCCUGUCUCAGCAAUGAGGGCAUCCCUGUAAAUGCAUCUCAGACAGACUCGGACUUUGAGUGAUGGCUAGUCUUAUAGCAAGGUGCUUUUCUCCAAUGAGAAAAUGAGAGGAGCUGCCUUUAUCCUGGACAGGCAGAAGAAACCGUCAAUUCUCUGUCCUAAGACACUAGAUGUAACAUACGUGUAUGGGCACCUUUGGUUUAGCUCACUAUUGGAAAUCCUGUGGUAAAAGGAUGAUUCUUGAAAGUUAUUUGCAGUUAGAUUGCCAUAAGGACACUCCUAUUCAGCCAGUCUGGCCCUUGCUGUCAGGAUAAAGCACGCGAUUCCUGCAUAAUAAUACCACUUUUGAUUUUAGCCAUUCUGUGUCGUGAAACGCAACACCAGCAACCUACGAAAAAACAUGAAUCCCAUUAUUUUACCAGGAAUGCAUUCAUCAAUAGAAUAAUAGGAGAAAAAUGUAAAGUAAGAUGAAUCCACUUCUCUCUCUCCAGGCCUUUAAAGGAACUCACUAGAAAGAAAGCUGGCAAUGCAUUGAAAUUUAAAACUUGAAAUUGUACUGACUCAUCGCUUAAUGACUGCACAGUAUCACUUUGACCCAAUUUGUUCCCAAUUGUGGUUCGGGUCGCACAACCACCUGCUGGUUCUUAUUCCAUCUGAGGUCUGUUAUAUCAUUAAACCCUUAACUAACAUAUUAUUGGGAUUCAUUUGACAUCUUUGUUUUCACCUUUGUCGUCAAACAUGUUUGGUGUUGCAUUUGACCCCUUUUGUUUCUUAAAGCUUCCUAAUCAUUUGUUAUCUUGGUGAAAGAUUCAGUUAGGGAGAGAGCUUACCUGGCGUGAAAACCAGCAGGUAUGUGGAUCCACAUGGCUGGCAUGGGGGAACCUUUAACUUCAACAUCACCUGUUUAUUUCUGUAGGUCCCUCUUAGUGUUUUUGGGGUCCUCUUAGAGCACAGUUUCCUUCCUCUGUAAAACAUCACAUUUUUUUCUGAUGAUAAUGUCAUGAAGCACUAGCUACAUCACCACAGGAAUGGCAGCUGUUGAAGUAACGUUUUCCUGGUCACGGCCUCGGAAGGAGCUAGUUUUGUAUUUGCCUGGGAACUGAAUGUUGUUACCCGCACUUGUUUUCUUUCUUCUUUUGAGUUUCGGUUUAGCCAGCCCUAAGUGGCGAUUGUAGCCAGUUACAGGGCGAAGGAGCUCAGUGUGUUACAGAACCCCACUCCCCUCCAAGGUGCUGUACUCCGCUGUCAGUCUCUGACUGUCGGACCCAGUGUGUCUUCAUUGUGUGCGAGUGUGUGUGUGAGAGUGUGUCUCAUGUAGUUCUGUCAGGGGCUGCCUUCCUCCGCCCUGCUGCUUUUCACUAUAAUAGCUAUACUUGAAGCUGGGACGGACAUGCGUUGGGUACCAGUGGGCUUGUAGCACGAGGGGCAGCCAGCCAGCCUGCCUGCCUCUUGCCAUUGGCUCACUACCACCUUCGGGUUGGAGGCCUGCCGGUGAGGCUCAUGAGUCGAGGCAAGGCAGCCAACAAAGGGACAGAUAUCCCCCAUCCCCACUGAUUGAGCCAGGGACCCAAGAGCCCAGCGGCAGUACAAGACUUCUGGGAAGGAGCUCCAUUGACGGCAGAUACAGUCGCCGAGCGGACAUCACGGAACUGACAAGUCUCACCCACUGGAGCUUUGCGUGUGGCUUCUGUUGCUAAACAGUGAAAGAGAGGAUAUCCAGGAUGGUAGGGAGCAGUAGGAGGGGAGGCGGGGGGGAGAGGACAGGGACAUGUUUUUUACAACAGCAGCAAGAGAGCCGGUGUUUGUUGAAGACACUAACUCUGACAAGCGGACAUGCAAACUCAACCCAAGAAGAGUCCAGUGGAUGGCUGAUGGUACCACCUCUAAUGCUCCGCUGGACUUCGUAGCUGUGUAACACUGUCACUGUAUUAUUUAGCAGCCCUGUACAAAUAUCACCCUUAAGAAUCGUGCACAAGUUUGUCAUCAUUGGGUUGUGUCUUACUGCAUUCUUUGAGCUGGGGAUAGUCUGUUUAAUAGUGCAGCUCUUUUUGAUGAAGUCCCAGUCUGAAGUGUAAACUAAUAACAUGAAUUGGUUUUAGUUCCCCUGUCGUGUUGGGACGUUUUCACUGCUCUCCAGAAACUUCUCAGCUGUCUCCCACUUCUGAAUGUCUUCAUCUGGUUAGUCAAUAAGAAAACAUUUGCUCUGUUUCUUCAUAUUUUGGGCAUCAGGCAAAUACCAUGUGGUUCUAAACUUGGUCCCUUUAUAAAUUCUCUUCGAGUAUAAUUGAGGGUACAGGCUCAUUAGACAACCAGCUGGCAGUGAAUGCACUGUAAUGUGGGUUUUGCCAGCUCCUACAGUGGAAAUCGCGUCAAAGAGCAACCUUAGCACCAACCCAAACAGCAUGUCUCUUAAAUGUGGAAAACGCAAGACAUUUGCUUAUAACUUCGGCAACCCUGCAACUUUUCACGUCACAAAGGGACUAAUUUUAUAAUCACAUGGAUGUACUUGAGCAAUAACUAGAAAUUACCCCUAGACUGCUUCUGUGUACUGUCUACUUUACUGAAGAAGGGGCAAAUUGUAAAUGUUUUAUGUGCUUGUAUACUGAGAAGGGCAAUCAAUCAUACACUGUAUUAAACAGCUCCUGACUGAA